AAACGCUUGCAGGAGACACACACACUCAGCGCUCAGUGCUGCUGGAGCUCACUCUGGUGCAGCGUAAAGGUGACUUCCAGCAGUCGCUUCUUUUCAUUAUUUAUGCCCCCCUUCCCCCGCGGUGUCGCCCCCUGCAGCCCAAGCUCCCCCCGGUGACCCCGCUGUGCAACAUGUAGCUGCUGAGCCGGCGCCACUGCCAUGUUCCGCCGGAGACUGUGAACACUAGCCACAAAGAAGCACAGGGCGUCGUUUGUCUGUCAUCUUGCCUUCUGUACCAUGGUCCUGGUACUAAAGUGACAGUCCUGGAUGCCACAAAGGAUCGUUCUCAAGGUGAAUCUGGUGACCGGGGCACGAUCGGCGGAGAAGACUCGGAUUAGCGGGCGCCGCUGAGCCAGCACCGGCAGGAUAUCGUUACCGAUCCCCCCCCCCUCCUCCUCCCCCGUUUUUAUGCCGGGGCUUUUAAUUCACGAGGCAAUGGCUGUCUUGUGCUGCCCCGAUCUGGAUCUCAGAAUGAACAAGGAAAGGCCCAAGAGGAAUAUCAUUCAGAAGCGCUAUGAUGACAGUGAUGGAAUCCCGUGGUCCGAAGAAAGGGUGGUGCGUAAGGUGCUUUAUCUAUCUCUCAAAGAGUUCAAGACUGCACAGAAGAGACAAAGUGAUGACUGUAUUAAUGGGAGCUUCAAAACCCCGAAAGGUCAUCUUCUUAAAGGAGAGUCUACAGGAUCGGAGCAGUCCUCAGAAAAUGAGAAGGAUGACACAUCUCAAGGUUCUUCACUCGCAAAUAGUGUGACAUCUUCAGAUUCAGAAGAUGGGCCUGUCAGGAAAAGGCCAAGGCUGCAAGCACAAAGAAAAUUUGCCCAAUCCCAGCCAAACAGUCCGAGCACAACCCCCAUUAAAAUUGUGGAGCCAUUGCUACCCCCUCCAGUAACUCAAAUAUCUGACCUCUCCAAGCGCAAGCCCAAGACGGAGGACUUCCUCACAUUUUUGUGUCUUCGAGGUUCUCCAGCAUUACCAAGUACUAUGGCAUACUUUGGAAGCUCUCAAGACGAAGAAGAUGUGGAAGAUGAUGAUGAUGAAGUAUUUGAGGACACAAAAAUGACCACCACUCACACUUCAUCCUCCUGCCACUCUACACCUCGGAAAGGCAAAACGCAUAAGCAUGUUAUCAACGGACAUGUAUUUAACGGGUCUUGCAAAUCAUCGAAGGACAAAGAAACUUCUCAUAGACACAAAAGCAAAGAGGCCACACCAGGGAAAGAGAAGAACCGCAAUCACAAAGCCGAGAGACGGAGAGGGUCUGCCGCUGCUAAUCACCAACCUGCUUCUAACACGGGCUCACAUGCCAAAGGGCUCGCUGCUAACAACCACCACAGUCAUCUUAGAUUGGCUCAGGAUUUAAGGAAACAGGUUUCCAAGGUGAAUGGAAUAACCCGGUUAUCAUCGAGUUUGAACGCAGUCGGUGCCAAAAAGACUAGAGAAGCAAGACCUUCACCGUCCACAACUGUGAAGUAUACUGCAACGGUGACCAAGGGAACUGUCACAUACACCAAAGCCAAGAAAGAACUGGACAAGGCAACCAAACCGAAUCACCACAAAACCAGUUCAUCUGUUCACCACACAAUCUCAGGGACCACAGAAAGCAGCAAUGCAAAAACUCGUAAACAGGUGCUAUCUCUUUCCACAUCCAAGCCCAACUGUGCCACUGGUAAUAGCUGUGUCAAGGCAAAUGGCAAGUUGAACAAAAAGACUUGCACUAGGCAAGAGGGGCGGCAGCUAAGGGAGGGACUGCGCAACUCCAAAAGACGUCUGGAAGAGGCGAACCAUCCCAACAAGGCAGAGCCUUUGGUAAAAAAAGUUAAGGUAUCUGUCAGCUUGCCAGAGGUUAGAAGUAAGAGGCUAGCGGCGGAGAAACAGGUGCUUAAUGGACAUGUAAAGAAAGACGUGCCAGAGAAGAUACUGGAGAGUAACAGGCCAAAGCGGGCCUCUGCAGCCAAGAGCACACUAAGUACACAAACCCGCAGUAAGACGGAAGAUGCUGGCGCUGAAAAUCGCUCUACCUCGCAGACAGAUUCCUCGCACAAAUCUGUGGACUCCACAAAACCUGAAAAAGAUGCUGGGGAGGCCAGGUGCGUAGCCUUGUGUGAGAUUCCUGUCCUCCGCCCCUCUGCCAAGGAGUUUCACGACCCGUUGAUCUAUAUUGAGUCCAUCCGAGCCAGAGUGGAGAAAUACGGGAUGUGCACGGUGAUCCCUCCACCAGACUGGAGACCCGAGUGCAAGCUGAAUGAGGAAAUGCGCUUUGUGACGCAGAACCAGCACAUCCAUAAGCUUGGUCGACGCUGGGGCCCCAAUGUACAGCGGCUGGCUUGCAUCAAGAAGCACCUCAAAUCUCAGGGCAUCACCAUGGAUGAACUUCCUCUUAUAGGAGGCUGUGAAUUAGAUCUAGCUCGGUUUUUUCAACUCAUCAAUGAAAUGGGAGGCAUGCAACAAGUGACAGACCUCAAGAAGUGGAACAAGUUGGCCGACAUGCUCCGCAUCCCUAAAAGUGCGCAGGAUCGACUAGCAAAGCUGCAGGAGGCCUACUGUCAAUACCUACUCUCCUAUGACUCCCUUUCGCCUGAGGAGCACAAGAAACUGGAGAAAGAAGUUCUGCAGGAGAAAGAGAACCUGGAGAAGAAGAAAGGUCCGCUGGAGGGGCAUGCUGAGAAUUCAUAUAGAUUACAUCUGCUCCCGAGGUAUGAGCCCAAAAAUGGACUCGUUAAUGGAGUGGUGCACCGUAAUGGCCUGCGUGGGAAGCUGAAAGAAAUGGACGUCCCCCUGAAAAAUGGAAGGCGAAGGCUGUUUGCUCAGGAAAACGAGUGCACAGAGGAGGAACCCGAAGAUAAAAGUUUAUUUAGUGACCUACACAAGUGCAUUUAUAAGGGAAGGUCCAUGUCUCUCACCACUUUCUUCCGAACAGCAAGGAACGUCAUGAAUAUGUGCUUCAGCAAAGAGCCAACUGUAGCAGAGGUUGAGCAAGAGUAUUGGCGGAUUGUUGAGCAGAAGACUUGUCACGUUGCUGUGCAUUGUGGAAAGGUUGAUACAAAGACUCACGGCAGUGGAUUUCCUGUGGGUAAAGCGGAACCCUUUUCAAGACAUGGAUGGAAUCUUACAGUCCUUCCUAAUAAUUCAGGAUCCAUCCUGCGUCACCUUGGUGCUGUGCCUGGAGUAACCAUUCCUUGGCUUAAUAUUGGCAUGGUUUUUUCUACCUCAUGCUGGUCUCGCGACCAAAAUCACCUUCCCUACAUUGACUACUUACACACUGGUGCUGAUUGCAUUUGGUAUUGCAUUCCUGCUGAGGAAGAGAGCAAACUUGACAAAGUUGUACAUACUCUACUUCAAGCCAAUGGUACUCCUGGUCUUCAAAUGCUUGAAAGCGGCGUCAUGAUCUCCCCAGAGGUGCUGUGCAAAGAGGGGAUCAAGGUGCACCGUACUGUACAACAGAGCGGACAGUUUGUUGUCUGCUUUCCAGGAUCCUUUGUAUCAAAAGUGUGCUGUGGCUACAGUGUAUCUGAAACUGUGCACUUUGCUACCACCCAGUGGACAAGCAUGGGCUUCAAGACUGCCAAGGAAAUGAAACGUCGACACAUAGCAAAGCCGUUCUCUAUGGAGAAAUUAUUGUAUCAAGUAGCAACAGCCGAAGCAAAGAAGGAGAACGGCCCAACUCUGAGUGUCAUUUCUUCACUGCUCGGAGAGCUCAGGGAUACAGAGUUGAGGCAGAGAAGGGAACUCUUUGAGGCAGGCCUCCACUCUUCUGCUCGCUACGGAAGCCAUGACACCAGCAACUCAUCAUUGGACGGGAAGAAAAAACCUCGGAAGUGGCUGCAGUUUGAAACGUCUGAGAGAAGAUGCCAGAUUUGCCAGCAUUUGUGUUACCUUUCCAUGGUGGUGCAAGAAAAUGAGAAUGUGGUGUUCUGCCUGGAGUGUGCGCUGCGUCACGUGGAGAAGCAGAAGUCGUGUCGAGGGUUAAAGCUGAUGUAUCGCUACGAUGAGGAACAAAUAAUAAGUCUCGUCAAUCAGAUCUGUGGGAAGGCGUCUGGGAAAAACAACAGCAUUGAGAACUGUAUGAUUAAAUCUACACCAAAAAGGGGACCAAGGAAGAGAGCCACACUUGAUGUGCCAUGCUCCAGACUUUCAUCCAUCAGUUUGUCCAAAAGUGCUUCAUAUUCAUCCUGAAGAUGCCAACGCUCUCAGUUCUCUGAUCAUAUAAAUAUAUAUAUAUAUAAAUAUAUAUUUUUAUUUUGUAAUUUUACCAUAGUUUGGAGUACUUGCUGUAGAAUGCAGGCUGUCUUUGCACUAGCUCUAUGAAGAUUUUUUUGUUUCUUCUGGUUUUUAGAGAAGUAACUUUGUUUUAGCAUUAAACUGUUGGUUUUAUUUUAUUUGUUUUGUAUGUAGACACUGCAGUCAGACUUUCAAUACUGCAGUCUAGUCACUGUUUUAUGCCAGUCUAUGGGGCAGUCUGUGUUUUUGAUUUUCAUUUAUUUUUUCUGUCGCCCCCUAGACUGAAUUAUAUACAGAAAGCCUUCCUUGACAACCAUGUGUGAAAAAGGCAUUUAAAUCAUCUUGAUAAGUUUAUGGUCUUUUUUUUAUUUUAUUUUUUGUAUUUCUUUAUCCAGUCAAGGGAGCAGUUUUUUUUCUAGAGGAAAAAGAAAACAAAAUCGAAACUUGAACAAAAUCUGCUUUUUCUUGACUAUGUCUCAUUCUGUCACGUGCAAGAUGAGUUUUGUAAUUUUUUAAAAAAUUGGGGUCUACAAUAUAGUAACUUAAAAGGUUAAAAAAAAAAAUAAUACAACAAAACACAAAAAAACUGAAGAUAGUUUGGCAGCUGAUGGACUUUUUUUUUUUCAAACAAAACCAGAGGCAGAAAGCUGAGACUUGGAAAUGGUUUCUCUGUUACCAGCACAUUUCUAUGCAUCAGUUAAAGGAGAAGAAAUGGCGGAUGAACUCAAGCAAUGCCUUCCUGGCAGACGUCACGUGGGGGGGUGGGGUGGGACUAUAAACUGUGCCUGAUUUCAUAAGGAAUCCAUUCUGUUAUUUUUGGUGCUGUUGGCUACUUUAUCAAAUAAUGAAAAAAGAAAUGUUAAAAAAAAAAAAACUUCAAUAGCAUCCUUUGACAAAGAGAAGGAAAAAUGAAUUUAAAGUAUAUAAAUAUAUAUAUAUAUAAAUGGUUGAAGCCAGAAGUGCUUCUAUGUCAUAGACGUGCAAUCUUUCUAACAUUCCAUUUCAUUCCACUGCUAUAUCUCAACACAUCACACAAUCAGCAUUAAUAUGUAUGUAUAUUGUUUUUAUGUUCUCUCCAUCACGUGGUCCCGUGACUGAGAUGGAAUUGCUUCAUCGAUCACCUUCUAGAGCCACUAGGGUCUGAAUUGUUUUUUAAUUAACUUUUUAAUUAUUUUUAUUUUUUUCUGUCGUGAAUGUGAAAAAUAAUUUUCCUCAUUGUCUUAUUUUUUAUUUUAUUUUUUCUGUUAGCUCUGUGUUUGCAAAAGAAAAACAAAUUACAAAUCACCAGGUUAUAUAUAUAUUUUUUUUUUUGUACAUAUGCUUGUAAAUUGAGUAAAAUACUUGAGCCUUUUGGGGAUUGGGGUGGACAGGGGACGGUGAGAAGAAAAAUAAAAGAUGAAGAAAAAGCCUUACAUUUCAGUUUCUUCAUCAGAUGGUCUGGAUGCUUACAGGGUUAUUCUUGUAACAUAUAAGUGCUGCUUACAUCACUGAACAACUAAAAAGAAUUAAUGGCAUAAGUUUUGCCCCGAUUUCUCUGGUUGUUUGUAUGUGUGGGACUAAAGUAUAGAAGAAAAAAAAGGGAAUUUUUUUUUCACAAUUAUUUUUUUUUUUGUUUUGUUUCAUGAUUGAAAGAAAUCCGAGAAAAAAAAAACAAGAAAAAAAUACGUAGCUAGCCAUAUUGCACUGAACUCGCCAGUGGUGACUAUUGGAAGAGUGUCCUUUAAUACAAUUUGUUGGUUGUUGUUGCAGAAGACUGAACUGUUUUUGAAUAUUUAACAAUAACAUAAACUGAGUCAAGUGUUUUCCAAUGUGGUUGUCCAGUUUUAUGGCCUUGCUGUGUGCUUUUUCCCUCUUGACAGUAAACUUCUAUGACUACGGCUUA